AGUAUUAAAUAUUUCUUCCUACUACUUAGGAAAAAUGGAGAAGGCAACUUUUGUUGAACUUAGUGAACAAAAGAUUUCCAACCAAAAUGGAAAAAUGAAGAGAGGAGUGGCUGUAAUUGAUUUUAUUCUAAGGUUGAUUGCGAUUGUAGCCACUUUAGCAAGUGCUAUUGCAAUGGGAACCACUGAUGAGACACUUCCAUUUUUCACUCAAUUUGUUAGGUUUAGGGCCAAGUAUGAUGAUCUUCCAGCAUUGAGACUUUUUGUAGUUGCUAGUGCAAUUGCAAGUGGCUACUUGAUUCUUUCUCUGCCUUUUUCCAUCUUGCAUAUCAUAAGGAGCAGUGCAGGAAUGACUAGGGUUAUAUUGAUUAUCUUGGAUACGGUCAUGCUAGCUUCAUUGACAGCAGGAUCUUCAGCAGCAGCAUCUAUUGUUUAUUUAGCACACAAAGGAAAUACCAAAGCAAAUUGGUUUGCUUUCUGUCAACAAUAUAACUCUUUCUGUGAGCGUAUAUCUGGUUCAAUGAUUGGAUCCUUCAUUGCAAUUCCUCUCUUCAUAAUUCUAAUCAUUUUGUCUGCUCUUGUUCUAUCGAGACGUUAAACCAGACUAAACUCACUGUACCUUUACUUUAGCUUCAUUUGAAUUACUUGCAUGUCUAUUUGUAAUCAUUGAAGGAAAAUGUGUGUGUGUGUGUGUGUGUGUGAGGGA